AUGGCGCUGCUGCCCUGUGUGGCUGGCCAGAUAUGGGCACCUCUCUCCUGGAUCGUGGCCUCCACCUCCCAGCUGACUCCCACCUUCCCCUGCAUCCUUCCCAUCACCAUGCAGUCAUCUCAGAGCACAGACCUGAUCAUGUCGCACACACCUGUGCAGAAACCUUGGUCCCUGCCGGCGGGCGGCGGCGGGCGGGCGCGCGCGGGGCUGCGCGGGGCUCCCGGCGCCGGGGGGCCAUGCGCCGGGCCGCGCCGGCAGCCCGGGGACCCGGCGCAACUUGCCGGGCAGCCUGAGGAGUUGGGCGGCCGCGGCGCCCGGCCGCCUUUCUUCCCCCUCGCCAGACCCCCCUCCCUUUCGGCCGUGGGGGAGUGGGCUCGCGGCCCCCCGGCCCGGAGACCCGGUGCGCGCCCGCCCGCUCCCGCCCCCGCGGAGCCGCGCAACUUCCCGGGAGCCGGGGCCAAAGUGAGCGAAAAGUGCUGCCCAAGUUCCCGGGAUGGAGCUGCAGAGCCGGCCCGAGGCGCUCGCCGUGGAACUCGCGCGCCACCAGAACGGCGACCUCAAGAAGCAGCUCCACGAGAGGCAGCCGCGGAUCGCCGCGCUCAGCGACAAACAAGUGGCCCUUUACUUUCAACUACAGUGUUUGCAGGCUUUGCAAAGACUCAGGCCCUGACUGGACCUUCGCUCAGCGUCCCCCAGAGCCUGCCUCUUGCCCGUCUGCAUCUGAAUCUCCCGGGAGCUCCAUUUGCCAGCAGGUGCCUGGUGCCGCCCCAUACUUGCGGAAUGAGAAGCUCCACCACUGGGCCCAGGAGUGUGUGUGACAUGCUCCCCACAAGAUCCUGGAGCCCUUGAAGUGUGAGAACCAGGGC